GAUGGCAUCCUCUUCUUCUCAGACUCCAUCAACGUCUAAUCCUUCUGCUGCAAGACCUCCCAGUUCACCAUCACACCCCAAAACUCCUCAGCCCAUCUCCACCGCGUCUCUCUCUUCCCUAUUAGUGGGUAAUUUGGCCAAGGACAGAAACAUUGAGAAAGCUGUAAAAAGGCUGGCGUCCCCAUUUAAAGUCAGACCCUCUUUGAUACAUGCACGGCCGCAUUCCACAUCCACAACUUUGAACAAGCCAGCUGGAUCCCUUUCUUCCUCACCUGCGCUUGUAGGAUCCCCCUUCACCCUCGAAGCCUCCCCCUCCUCCUCCUCCUCCUCCCUCCCAGUCGCAGGACCCUCUUCCCCACACCCAACUGUGGAAACCUCCAUCAAUCCUCCACAGACACCACCAGCCUUUGGCCCUAAAGCCAGUGAGCAGUUCUCCACCGCUGCAGGUCCAAAAACUCCCACCACAUUUCCACCCGUGUCGAGUGAAGUGGACGACAGCACGCUUCUGGCAGAAGCACUCAGAUGGGAUAAAUCUCCCUCAGCAACACAAAGAGUGUGUCUUCCAGCCGGCUGGCUUCACACACUGCCUGAGGUGGACCAGAGAUGGAUGUCCAAAGCUCUUUUCAAAUGGACAGCGCAAGGACAUCCUGAACUGGACUUCAGCAGGGUGGACAGACUGUGGUGGUAUCCUCCACAAUUCCCAUUGCACGUCACCAAUGUCCCUCAGCCCGAAGACUAUUUUGGCAGCCCCCUCUUCCUUUGGAUGCCCCGAAAACUCUGGCAAGUCAAGCUGACAUGUCCUCAUUCAGAUUGUCACAAAGGGCUUCUGACCUCAUCUGGUGUUCAUCAGAAGAUCAGGCAAGUUAUUUCUCUGGACAUAACUUAUUUUGUGGCAUCUGAAUAUUUAGUUUGCAAAAUAUGCAAAAGAAAGGUCAUCAGCUGGAGCCAUGCCAUCGUCUCCCAGCUGGAUGUGGGGCACAGGGGGCAGUUUCCCUGCAUCCUCACAUCCAAGCUUGCCUGUGACCUGAGGGUGGUCACUUUGAUGCGCCAGAGGGGUCUGGGAAACAGCAGCAGCCAGAUUAGGAAGAAGGUGCAGGAGAGUCAUUCAGAAGUGUGGCUGAAGAAGACUGUCCAGUACCUGACGGACUGUAAACAAGUCAAAGGGGCUGUUGAAAAGGGUCUCAUAAGACCAGUCACGUUUUCACCUCCCCCUCCAAUGCCUAUUGUUCCAAAGCACAGGUGGCUGAUGCAGGUCUACGCCCAAGAUGUUCUCCAGAGGCUGACUGAGGUCAAGGCCUCAGUGACAUCAACUUAUGGACGCAUCUUGAAGCUGGACUCCACCAAGAAAGUUGCUCGGAAACUGGCUGGAAGGGGUUUUGGAACAGCGACCUGAGCAACAAAUGUUGGCAAUGAGCACGGCCAAAUAAUAAUGUCUGUGCUCACUGCUAGCGAAGGUUUUGGCCUGGGGCCAAUGAUCGAAGGACUCAUAGGGAGAUAUGCAGUGGCUGGGGUACCUCCCCCUGAAGUGCUUUACGUCGACAGAGACUGCUGUGGAAACACGCUUCUUCGACGAAUGUUCCAGAAGUGGAAAGACCUUAACAUCCGCCUGGACAUAUGGCACUUCAUGAGAAGGUUUUCGGUGGGCUGCACCACGGAUUCACACCAGCUGUAUGCGUCCUUCAUGAGGCGCCUCAGCCACUGUCUCUUUAUGUGGGAUGAGGAAGAUCUGACAGCCCUCAAGAUCGCAAAGCGCUCCGAACUCUCUGCCAGGCUCACCAAUCCCUCAGAUGCUGACGUGCUGAGGUCCAUUAGCCGCAGUGAGUUAGCCCUGCACUGCAGGAGAACGACACGUGGCUCUCAGGAGACUCUGGCUCUCAUCAAAAGCCUCAUCCAAGCUUU